GCACAUUGUGCACAUAUGGAUGGAAUAGAAAACAUACACAAUCAUAAUAUUGCCAUUCUUAGAUUGGUGGAGGAGGUGCCAUUUUCGAGGUACGUAUAUCCCAUUUGUACGAAAGAGCCCCUACGAAAGAGCAACUUCGUCGGCUAUAACCCCCUUGUUGCUGGAUGGGGAGCAUUAAGAUAUAGACGACCACGACGUAAUGCAUUAAUGGAAGUACAAAUGCCAGUGAUUAAGAACGCCGAAUGCAAAAUAGCUUAUUCCAAAUUUCCUAAUGCACCUGAUAUCACUGAUGGUAUAAUAUGCGCCGAACAUGCUCAGGGUGGAGAGGAUUCUUGUACGGCUGACCGCGGCGGACCACUGCUGAUACAACAUGAAUUAACCUCGUAUUUAAUAGGUAUUGUGUCUUAUGCUUAUAAGUGCGGCACAGCUGGGUAUCCCAGCGUUUACACUAGGGUCACAUCGUACCUUGACUUCAUUCUCCAAGCGAUGCAAUAAUAUGAUAUUACUGUUCCAUAAAUAUCAUUGUGUAAAAAACGUAAAGUUGGAUUUUCUUAUUGUGGAGAUAAGAAACAGCUCAAAUUUACAUUGUUUUGUACGUUACAAAUUAUAGGCUUAAAAUGUACGAAAUGUAACUUUGAAACGACACUAAUUUUUUACGCACGAUAAACCUCCACGACUUAGGCUGUUAAUCUAGAGGCUGGAGUACAAAGAAGUGGCACAAUGAUGUGGGCUGAUGACAUUUAUAAUUAUCAAGGAAUCACCCCUACAUUCGCUCAGAAUUUUAAUGAAACUGUCCCUUGGGAAGGAAGAACUGAUACCUUGAUAUCACGGUUUGUACAUCCUAUAUAUACGACAAAUUUUAGAACAUUAUAUAACGAAGAACCAGAUCGUCGUGGCCAUGUGAUGUGAAUAAAAGGACUUGAAUUUGAUGAUAUUUUUAUAAUGUUAGAUAACAUAACUAAGUAU